UCACCUUCUAACGAGAAAAUGACAAAUCCGUCCCUUCUUUUCUGUUUCUACUUCUCCCUCUUUCUCUCUCUCCUCACACUCUCUUCUUCUACCUUAGAUAACCGUCAGGUUUACAUAGUAUACUUUGGAGAGCACACUGAAGAGAAAGCGGCAGAAGAUAUCGAAGACGGGCACCAUUCGGUUCUACUCUCCGUAAAGAACAGUGAUGAAGAAGCUCGAGCAUCUCUUCUCUAUAGUUACAAGAACAGCAUCAAUGGCUUCGCUGCUUUGCUUUCGGAAGAAGAAGCUGGCAAGCUAUCAGAGAAGGAGGAGGUUAUUUCGGCUUUUCCAAGCCAAGCAAACAGUCUUCAAACAACUAGAUCAUGGGAGUUUUUAGAAUUUGAAGAAGGGUUGUUAGAAAGGAAGGGAAAAGGUAUAGAAGGUAGAGCGAGAGGCGGCCAAGAUAUCAUCGUUGGGCUGUUGGAUUCUGGUAUAUGGCCCGAGUCAAGGAGCUUCAGCGACAAAGGGAUGGGGCCCAUCCCCAAAUCAUGGAAAGGAAUCUGCCAAGAGGGAGAGUUUUUCAAUUCCUCGCACUGCAAUAGGAAAGUGAUCGGAGCUCGAUACUAUCUCAAGGCCUACGAAUACUACCACGGCCGUCUUGACACCACGGCAGAGUACCGGUCACCGCGUGAUCAUGAUGGCCAUGGUACACACACAUCCUCGACAGUCGGGGGACGAAGGGUUCGUGGUGUCUCCUCUCUUGGUGGCUUCGCACGUGGGACCGCCUCAGGCGGGGCUCCACUAGUACGGCUGGCCAUGUACAAGGUGUGCUGGCCCAUCCCAGGAGUAAGCCUAGCCGUUGGGAACACGUGCUUGGAAGCAGAUAUGCUCGCAGCCAUUGAUGACGCCCUUGGAGAUGGUGUCGAUGUUCUUAGCAUCUCUAUCGGGACUUCAGGGACGCCACCAAAGUAUACGGAAGAUGGAAUUGCCAUCGGAGCUCUGCAUGCCGUUAAGAGGAACGUGGUCGUGGCAUGCAGUGCUGGAAAUUCGGGUCCCACCCCAGCAACAGUAUCCAACCUGGCACCAUGGAUCAUCACCGUCGGUGCCAGCAGUGUUGAUCGUCUGUUUCCUUCGCCUGUUGUGCUCGGGAAUGGGAUAGAAAUUAAGGGACAAUCAGUUACCCCUUACGAGCUGCACAACAAACAUUACCCUCUGGUUUUUGCUGCGGACGCAGUUGUCCCUGGCACACCCAAAAAUUCUAACGCUGGACAAUGUCUACCCGGUUCUCUGGACCCCAACAAGGUGAGGAGCAAGAUUAUCUUGUGCUUGAGAGGAAAUGGUACCAGAGUAGGCAAGGGCAUGGAGGUCAAAAGAGCCGGUGGCGCCGCCUUAAUACUCGGAAACAGUCUGAUGAAUGGAGAUGAGAUAUCUGUCGAUGCCCAUGUCCUUCCAGGAACCGCGGUGAUAUCUGACGAUGCGACCGCAAUUGUCAAGUACAUCAAUUCCACCAACAGACCAACUGCGAACAUUCUUCCAGCAACGACAGUGUUAAAUGUUCAGCCGGCACCAUUCAUGGCGGCCUUCUCCUCUACAGGUCCCAAUGCACUCGACCCCAAUAUUCUUAAGCCGGACAUCACCGCACCAGGGCUAAACAUAUUGGCUGCAUGGAGCGAGUCAUCGCCUCCAACAAAGUUGGAGGGCGAUCCCCGGCGGGUGAAGUACAACAUCAUAUCUGGUACAUCCAUGUCAUGCCCCCAUGUAGCUGCUGCAGCUGCUCUUCUGAAAGCAAUAUACCCUUAUUGGACUGCCGCUGCCAUAAGAUCUGCUCUCAUGACUACAGCAACUGUGGCAAACAACGAGGGCAAGCUCCUGACAGAUGCUUUCGGUAAUGUCGCCGGCCCCUUCAACUACGGCUCUGGCCAUAUAAGGCCGACUCACGCAUCAGAUCCCGGUCUGGUCUAUGAUGCCUCAUACACGGACUACCUCCUCUACCUCUGCAGCCUUGGAAUCAACGUGGACCGUUCUUUCAAGUGUCCAGGCUACCCCAUUUCUCCAACCGAUCUCAACCAUCCAUCUGUGGCCAUUCCAAAGCUCAAAGGUACUUUAAUAGUGAAGCGGACCGUUACAAGCGUAACCAACCAAAAGAGCACAUAUUCCCUAACGGUACACCCACCGUCAGGAAUUUCGGUUGAGAUUACUCCAAAGAUUCUUUCAUUUAACGGCGUUAGCGAAAGGAAGAGCUUCUCCAUCACGUUCGAAGCAGAUGAAAGCAACGGAAGGAAGAAACUGAGAAGGGGUGAGUAUGUUUUUGGGUGGUAUGCAUGGAGUGAUGGUGUUCACGUUGUAAGAAGUCCGAUGGCGGUGGCUCUAGGAUAAUCUUUUUUCUUUUUUCUUUUUUCUUUUUUCAUUUCUAGUAUUGUUUAGACUGCGUUUGGAUGCACCGUUGGAUUGAAUUGCAAACAUUGGGUCUACAGAUUUGGACCAAUGAUUGCAAUUCAAUUGGAUUGCGCAUCCAAACGGACCUUGAAGAUGAAGAAAAGGAGAGAGGUGAACAAAGAGAUUGAAAAUGUGAAGGGUUGGUAUUACAGCACUAUAAAAAUUUAUAUGAAUAAACGAGUUUCCUCGCGCAA